CAAGACGCGUGCAAUACAUUAAGUUAUAGUAGAAUGACCGACUCACUCUGUCUGGACGAAGUCGCGGGCUUCCUGUGCACGCUGGACGACCCCUCGAUCUCCGGCCAUGAGCUGCUGCAGUCGCUGGACAAGGACGAGUCGCUGCUCUCGCUCCAAGGCACCGAGAUCGCCCUGCAGAUGCUCGACGUCUCGCCCGUCGACGGGCUACUGGAAGACCCGCUCUUCGACAGCAACAGCGACCAAAACCACACAGACAGCGACUGCACGUCGGCCGAGAGCGAGAGCGUCGCCUCGGCCUCGUCUCCUCCUCCCGUGGUGGAGAACGUUCGAUCCCGAGACGCCAUCAGACGCAGCACGUACAGGCAGAAGCAGAAGGCGCAGAAGGAGGAGCUCUACAGACAAGUGGAGCAGCUCUCGAGCCAGUUGGCAAUGUUGCAGCAGAAGAAGAAAGAUGCCGAUGCGAGCCAAGGCAUGGGCUUCGCACAGACGGCAGUGUGGAAGGCACUGGCCAACAGACACUUGCAGGGCAGGAUGAUCGCGGAAGAGCAGCGGCGACGACUCUGUGAAGCUGUCCAUAGGAGGUCGGCGUUAAUACGAGACCUUGGAGUGAUUAUAAGGAAGAGGUUCAGUGAAGAGCAACCGGAAGAAGCUGGAUCUGCUACAAAAAGACCCCGCACAGAGUCGCCUGACAUGGCACUGUACCAAGCGUACAUCAAUGAACUGGACGAGGCCUACGCGCGGACGGACAGCAUUUUCAAGGAGACAGCAGCGCACAGGGAAGAGCUGGAGUGUGAUGAUUCGUUUGGCUUCUACAAUGCGCCGCGGGCAGUCGUGAAGGAUUCGCGUUACCACGAACUUGUGGGCAAGUCCACCACUCCGUUCGCCUACGAGCGAGUACAUGCUCAGGUUGGCCGUGUCUGCUGCAUGGAGAACCGAAUGGGGCGCGAGAGGAUUGAAGGCCCGUGGGUUCCGGAGAAUACGACCAUCGUGAAGGCACGGGUGGACAUUCCUGUCGUCGCUGGAUCGCUCGUCCAGCACACGGUUAUGCGAAAGUACCAGGAGGCUGACCGGGUCGUCGUUGUCUGGAGGAAGUUCACUGAAGGCAAGGCAGAGUUCGCUGGCAUGCACUCGGAUGAAACAGGCUGGAAUAUCGUUCGUCCUUCGCCGAGCUGCGUGGGUGGUGGCGCUGGAACCGUGCUGGAAUCUGUCACUCGCUUCGUCCCUAUCAACUUCAGCUCAGCCGCCUCUACGGGUGUAACAGUGAAACAGUUUGCUGACACCAUUAUCAAGGUGGGCGAAGAGGAAUGUCAGUCGUGCAUUGAGCAGCUGGAGAAGAUGCUUCUGGACGAUGCACUUGGCGAACAGUCGAUUGAGAGCCUCCGGUGGCUCGAGGUGCAGAAGGAACAGAAGCGCGCUCUGUACCGACAAGCGGAGGAGCUGUCAGCGCAGUUAGCGGCGCUACAGAAAAGAAGAGAAGCCACCGAGACCAGUAAGGAAGCGGGAGUGGGUCAUGCUGCAGUGUGGAAGGCUCUGGCGCACAGACAUUUGCAGGCUCGAGUUAAUGCAGAGGAGCAGCGCCGACGACUCUGUAAGACGGUGGAGAGGAGGUCAGCGUUGAUCCGGGAUCUGGCGGUGCUGAUACGCAAGAGAAUCAGUGAAGAACAGCCUGAAGAAGCUGGCUUUACGGCCAAGAAACCGCGCACGGAAUCGCCCGACGUGGUGCUGUACGAAGCCUUUAUUGAGGAGCUGGACGAGGUCUAUGCGAGGACGGACAGUAUUUUCAAGGAGGCAGCAGUGGAGACGGACGUGGACAGCUGCGAAGAUGCUCAAGUCUUCUUUAACCCGUCGCGGACUGUGAAGCCCAAUGCACGCUACCACGAGUUAGUGGGAACGAUGACCACGCCGUUCGCAUUCGAGCGAGUGCGUGCACUUCUUGAUGGGACUUGCCGCUUGGCGAAUUACCCGGGCUAUGAGGCGAUCGAAGGCUCGUGGAUUCCCGAGGACACGGAGAUUACUAAAAGCCGCAUCGUCGGACCAGGAGGCAACACGCUCGUCCAGCACAGCAUUUCUCGAAAGUUCACGGAGGGUGAAGGCGCAUUUACUGCCAUGCACCUCGAUGAAACUGGGUGGGCCAUCGUGCGGCCCUCCCCGAGCUCUGGGAAGGGAAUGCCUAGUACAGUGAUGGAGUCGGUCAUCCGCUUCGUCCCGAUCAACUUCAGCACGGCACCAGCUUCCGGUACAGUUUUGAAACAGUUCACCGACACCAUAGUCAAGAUCGGCGAAGAUAUCUGCCAGACGUGCUUACAGAAGCUGGAUGAGGUGCUGCUGGACGACGCACUGGGCGUGUAUUGA